AUGCAACAAUUUUUGUUGCUUUUCCGUAAAAAUCUGAUACUUUGGAAGCGCAAUAAAUUAUGGACUGUUUUCGAAAUCAUUAUCCCUUGUAUUUUGAUGGCAAUUUAUAUCGGUUUUCUGCUAAACGUGGGUUUUUUUUUGUUUUUUUUUGAAAUUAAAUUAACAAUUGUCUUCAGAAUGGAUCGAAAGGUUCACCGAUUACCAAAAAAUUCGAAAAAUUUCAAAUUCGAGGAAAUGCCGAGGAUUUUUCGCUAAUGAAUGAUUGUACAUCGAAUAUUAAAUUUGGAUAUUCGUAAGUCAGCGAUUUUCUGCUGCUUUUUUCCCUAAUUGAUUUAUAGAUCUUCACCCGAACUUCAAAAUGAAACCAAAAAAAUUAUGAAUAACUUCAGAAAGAACUUCAAGAAUCCAGAUUUUAAUGUAAUGCGGCUAAACUCCGAGGACGAAAUCAAAAAAAAUCUACGAAAAGUAGCGAAAAACUUCGAAGAGACAUAUGUCUACAAUGAAUGUGCACUUCAAAAUUACAGACUGUCCAGUGGUGUUUUCUUCGAUGAAAUCGAUUUUGACCAACAAAUCUUGAAAUACCGACUCAUUUAUUCAACCUUCGAUCAUCAUUGGUUAGUCAGAAAGCGCAUAGUGGUCCCAUAUUUGAGAAAUGAAGAAGAUACUUCUUAUAAAGGCAAUGGAUUUUUGACAUAUCAACAUGCGAUUGAAUCAAGUUUCAUUGAUAUUAUCAAUAGUUCAAAUAACUCGAAUCCAAUUCUUAAUUUCGAAGCGUUUCCUGAACCAGAAAUUGUUAUGAAGAUUAUUUUCCUACAUAUACAAAGUUACCCAUUUUUAUUAUCGAUUAUUAUUUUCAUUAAUGUGGUUCAUGUUACACGUGAAGUGUCAGCUGAAAAUGAGAAUUUGAAGGGGUAUCUAAUGACACUUGGAUUAUCAAACUUCAAUUUUUAUUUGACACAUAUUUUGAGUGGAAUUUGCAAAUUGGUUUUUCUGAUCUCAAUGCUAAUUCUACCAUUUUGGAUGAAAGAAUAUGUGAGUAAAGGAUGUGAGUAAAAAUAUUUUGUUUUGGACCCUUUUUCAGCUGUACUUUGAUCAUAUUACUAUAUUGUCAAUUGUCAUAAUAUUAUACGGUAUUUCUGCAAUCACAUUUGGUGCAUUUAUCGCCUCAUUUUUCUCAACAUCAAAUUCCGCAAUCAAAGCAUCAAUCACAGUUUGGGCAAUGUUGCUAGGAUUAUUUGUUUUUUUGCAUCCCGAAAACCAUCAAGAAAUCAUCAAAUUCUAUAUUUACGCAUUAAUUCCGACUGGAGCUUUUCAAUUAGCUUGUGAUAUUCUCGUAGAAUUGAUAAUUGAUGACAAAGAGUUGACAAUUUUUAAUAUUUUUAGUGGCUCUUCGAGCAGAUUCACACUUGGAAAUGCUGUUUCGAUGCUGGUAUUCGAUAUUGUUUUGAUGUUUGGUAUUGCUUUAUUUGUCGAUGAUUAUCGGAGAUCAAAUGAUGUUAGUUUCAAAGAAUUUUUAAAAUCAAGUCUCGCAAAAUAUGGUUCGAAAAGUGUUGAGAGUAUUAAGAUGAGUGAAUUACAAGAAUCAGAAGAUUUAUUGAAAGAUUCGAAUGAAAAUCGGAACGAAGAUGUUGAAAAUGGUAUAAUUGUCAGUAAAUUGGUCAAAAUAUGGGGAACAACCGGAGAAAAAGCGAUAAAUGGAUUGAGUUUUGAAGCGAAAAAGGGUGAAGUUACUAUUUUAUUCGGGCAAAAUGGCGAUGGAAAAUCAACGACUUUUCACUGUAUUUCAGGGAUGAUUCCAGUAACUGAAGGUAAGUUUUCAACAAUUGUCAUUAGUAAAUUAAUUUCAUUGUCAGGGAGAAUUCUAAUAUCUGGAAGGGAAUCAAAUACAAAUCUAAAUAUAGGGCUUUGCCCGCAAUAUAAUCCAAUUUUUGAUCAAUUAACAGUUAAAGAACAUCUUUGGUUUAUAAAUGGUCUCAAAGGAAAUAAAAAUAAUCGAAAAUUUCAAGCCGAAAUGAAUAGAUUGUUGGAAAAUGUGAAACUGACGGAUAAAAAACAUGAAUUCUCUUCAAAUUUAUCGGGAGGAAUGAAGCGGAAAUUGUGUGUUUGUAUGGCAUUGAUUGGAUCAUCUGAAGUUGUUUUAUUAGAUGAACCAACAGCUGGAAUGGAUCCUGGUGCGAGGAAAGAUGUUCAAGAUUUAUUAGAGAGAGAAAAGCAACAUCGAACAAUAUUAUUAACAACACAUUAUAUGGAUGAAGCUGAAAGACUUGGUGAUUGGAUUCUUAUUAUGUCUCAUGGUAAACUUGUUUCAUCUGGAACUCCGAAAUUCUUGAAACAAAAAUAUGGAACUGGUUAUUUACUAACUGUUGUGUUAGAUGAUGGAAUUAACAAACAUCGAGAUAAUAUUUGUGAAGUUUUGCAAGAAUUAUGUAAAUUCUAUAUAUCAGAAGCUCAGUUGGGAAAUACACAUGGAAAACAAAUCGAAGUGAUUUUGCCAGAGAAUAGGAAAUCCGAUUUUCCGAUAUUAUUUAGAGCAUUGGAAACGAUACAGAGGAAAGAGUGAGUUUAGGAAGUACAUAUGCCACGUCAUAAACAAAAAUUUCAGAUAUACUAGCGAAAUAUUUUUCAUUCUCCCAAACGAAUUGAAAGAUAAAUUGAAGACUUUGCAAAUAACAGAUUAUGGUUUAUCUCUAAACUCAUUGGAGCAAGUUAUUCUAACUCUCAGUGAACAAAUCGGGACCAAUGAAACUAAUGGAAUUGUGAAUCAGAAUCACGAAUUUGAAACGACGAAAUUCGAAAAUUUGCUUGAAAAUCAAUCAGAACUUCCGGAAAAGACGGGAAUAUCUCUAAUGAUUUCGCAAACCUCGGCGAUUUUCCGCAAAAAAUAUUUAUACACAAGAAGAAGAUGGAGCCAAUUGAUUGGUCAAUUAUUCCUCCCACUUUUGAUUAUUGGAUUGAUUUGGCUGAUUGUGAGAGUAAAAAUCCAUCAAAAACUCGCGUCAGAUAUGUUUGAAAAAGGCUACAAUUUGGAGGAAUUCUCGCCGGCAGUUGUUGUUUGGAAAGCGGAUAAAGAUUCGCUGUCCGAACAUCUUUUGAAAAUUAUAAAAAUUGUGGAUAGAGUUUCGGGCUUUGAUUGUCAAUAUGAUGAGAAAUCGGAGUUGUUGAAUAUAGCAGGAGAAUUAUACGGAAAAAUUCCACCUCUUUUAUUCGGCUUCACUGAGAAUACAACUCUUUUCAAUUAUCAAAAUCAGCAUAUUCUACCAGCUCUGAUUUCUUUGAACAACCAGGCAAGAUUAUUGGAAGAAAAAGCUUCAACAAUCGAAUGUCGAAUAAAUUUAUAUAUGGAAAAUAAAUACAAAAUCGAUUUUGCUGAUUCAACAUCGGAAAGUGUUCUUUCUGGAUUCUUCCUUGUUAUUUUCUCAUUGGUCACUUCAUCUUUUGUUAUAUUUUUAGUCGAGGAGAAGGUUUCAAAAUUCGCCCAUCAACAAUUAUUAACUGGAAUCUCACCAAUAACAUUGUAUGUGACUUCAAUGAUUUUCGAUUUUCUAGAAUUUUCCGCAAUUUGCUCUAUAUUUUUGAUAUUUUUCUAUCUAUUCGAUUUCCUAUUGGAACACUUAACAAAGUGAGUUUUACUUAGAAAUUCGAAGAAAGUUUCGAAAAAAAAAUAUUUUCAGCAUUAUUCUAUUCUGGUUUCUAUAUUUCAUAUCAAAUGUUCCAUUCAUUUACAUCAUUUCACAAUAUUUUAAAUCACCUUCAAAGGCUCGAGUUUUCCUAGUCAUUUGGCAAAUCUUCAUUCCUGCAGCAUUAAUAAUUCUUAUAUAUUUUGUAAUCGAUUCAACCCGCGGCGGAAGGUAUUUAACACCAAGAUCAGAGUUUUUUGGCUUCGUUAAAUUAUUUUUAGAGGUAAAUAUUCACAAUUAGCAAUUAUGUAGAAAAAAUCAUGAUGUUUCCAGUGUAUUUUCUCAUUUUUCGUGCCAUCUUUCUCGUUUGGUACCAUUCUACUCGAAUUUAUAGAUAAUGGAAUGUACAAUUAUUUUUACAUGGAAGUGCGAAGAUUUAUAAUUUCAAUGGUAUUAUUCUCAAUUGCAUCAUCAAUUGUUUUCAUUGCUUUGCAAUUCAAAACAAUUCGAAAAUAUUUGUCGAAUAAAUUCUCAUCUGGCAAAAUUGGAGGGGAAAAUGAGCGAAGGAGUGAUUUAGAUAUAUCGGAUUCUGUUGUUUUAGAAAAACAGAAGGCUGAAAAUGCAAAUGCUAUGGAUUAUUCUUUAGUCGUGAAGGUAACUUAUUAAAAAUUGCAAAAACAAGAAAAAACUAGAAAUGAAACAUAAAAAACCACGCUGCAUGAGAAAACGUUCAAUUUUCUUCAUUUUCAAAUUAUUAUCGAAAAUCUCAUCGGUACCACGCGCUCCACCGAAAUAACACACACGAAUCAAAAGUGAUCCAAAAUGGUAUAAUAAUGCAUCCAUUAACUUCAGAAAAAUGGGAGCCAUUAUGUACCUCAAAACCAUAACAAAAAGGAUCCAUAAUGGAUCCAUAAAUUCUAUGGGGUAAAAAUGGAUCCUUUUUGAAUUCAAAAAGCAUACAUUUUUCUAAAAAAUAAGUAUGCAAAAUGAAUCAUUUUUGCGUAGUUUUUUUUCGUUUGAAUUGGUGGAAAGCUGCGAUUAAUUCAUUUAUUUUCAAAGAACAAAAAUGAAAAAAAAACAAAUUGCUCGUGAAGUUGCAGGGUGGGGUCCAAUUAGAUUGUUGAGGUAGAAUUUUUGAGGAAGGGGACUUUGAAAAACCAACUUGUGGAUUGGGAGUUUCCGGAAAACCAUUGCAUGAAAUCGCUGUUUCCUUGAUUCCAAAAGCGCAUGGCCUCCUGGCUCAUUUUGGACUUGUCCUCUUUUUUUGAUCCCUGUAAAUAAAAAAUGAUACACUACAGGUUUCAAUUUUUUUUAUUUAAAAUUUUCAAUUUCUCACAGGGGGAUGUGUGAGCAGUCUCCAGAGUUUUUCACGCUGAGAAAGAUUCCGUUUUAAGUCUUUGCUGCAGGACUCUCUGACAGUACAAAAAUGAGCCAAAUUUGAGAAUUUCUGAAAAAGCUCUUUGGAGAGUCCCGCAGCAAAAACAAAAACUGUACAGCAACAUAUAUGUAUAAUUGAAAACCUCCAGGGAGCAAAAAACUCACUCUAGUAAGUGCGCACAUUGAUUGGCUUUGUCGGUGGCUUCCUUGGUAGUGGCUCACCAUUCUGAUGACUGACAUCCAGUAAGUCAUGCGGCGGGGGUUCAGGAUUUCGAGAAGACUGAAAUCGAAUAAAUUGAAAUUGGGUUUAGAUUUUGAAACGAACCGCUUUUUUGAAAAAAAUGUACCAUCAAUACGUUGCUUCGCGGCAGACCCACGAGUUUUUGGAGGCAUUUAUGUUCAAACCUGAUGCUGAAAAAUCAAAAUUAAUAGCGUAGCAGAGCUGAAGGGAUCGUAGAAAUAUAGUGAAGAAAGCGAAAGAAAAUAAGAACGCAACAAUGAACAAAUCACACAAUCACGAAAACUCAAUUGAACACACCCACAGGUGGAGAGAGGUUUUUGGUCAAAAUUUGGCCCAAACUUGAAUAAUUUUUGUUUAGAAAUUGGUCAAUUUUUGACCAAAAACCCGAUUGGUACGAGUUUGACCAAAGAUUGGGCAAUCUCCCUCCACCUGUGGCCACAGACAUUCACAACAAAAAUAGAUUACUAGAGAGAAAGGUCAAAACAAGAAAAAACGAAAGCGGAGUGAACCAAUAUCUACAGCUCAAAUCAAAACUCUCAAUAUUACGCAGUUUUAUCAUGCCUCAGAGAUUCGCUGGCCAGCUCACCACUAGAUCAAGACCACGUGGCCAGAAAGUUCAAAAAGGACUGAAUUUGAUUGAUCAAAUCGAUUCGGCAACCAGGUCGCCUUGCAUUUUCAGGCGACGUGGUCUCAAAUCUUUGUCACCCAGAAAGGCUGUUUGAAUUCACAACAGUCAUUUUUUCUGUUUUUUCUCAUCUAAUGGUUUCAAAUACUCAUUAAAAACAGAAAAUAAGUCAUAUUUUUAAAAAAUGCUCCAAAUCACAAGUUUUUCGGAAUUUUUUCUCUCACGCGAGGUCGGCUCGAGGUGGACAACCUGGGCGAUGUGGGCUGUAUGAACUGUCCGAACUUACGGCCACGUCGUCUUGCAAAAAAACCCGGGCCAUGUGGUUGUCCAUGUCAAUUUUAGAUUGGUAGUCGAUCCCACCUAGUAGCCAGCUGGCCAGCGAAUCUCUGAGGCACAAAAAACAAAAUAAAACAUGAAAAACAUAGAAAAACGCCGAAAAAACACAAUAAUUUCGAAAAUGAAAAAUUAAUUGGAAGAAUACGCCCAUGUGGAUUUCUCUUCCACGGCCAUCUAAUAAUGGAUGCAUUAUGGUUACUUCUCAAAAUUCUCAAAGAAAAAUAAUGGAUGCAUUUUUAUUCUCAUAAAGGAUGCAUUUUUUCUCGCGUUUAAUUUUAAGGGAUACAAAUUGUUUGCUAUUAGUAUGCAAUAUUUUUUUAUAUCCAUUAUGGAUCAGUCAAGAUUUCCCUGUGAAACACGCAACGCAGACCGCGUCGCGCCACAACACACACAAAAAAGGGAACGAUUCAAAUUCCCUCCCUUUUUUGUGUGUGUUGUGGCGCGACGCGGUCUGCGUUGCGUGUGAUUUUCGAUAAUACACAAAAAUUGACUCGUCGCUGCGAGACCUUCCACAAAAGGUACGGUAACACACAAAUCAGCUGUGUGUUUCUUUCAAAAACUAGAUUUUGAUAAGGUAGUCUAACUUUUUUCCAUUUUUAUCGAUUUUUUUCAAUUUUUCCGAAAUCCCUCCCCAAAAAACUCACCAAUCGCUUCAAAUCACAAAAAAAUCAUCGAAAAUUCGAAAAUCCCGCUUCAAAUUCAACCAAUAAUCGUUCUCCUCACAUCAUUUCGACCCUGAAAACUCAAAAAUUUCAAUUGAAACAAUGUUUCUCUAGAAAAACCCACCUUUCUUCGAUAAUCCUCGGAUUUUCCAUUUCCAGCAUUGUAGAACAUCUGAAAAAUGCAAUUUUUGACUGAAAUCCACUGAUUUGCCCCGAAAACUGAAAACCCAGCGAAAAAAAAAACGAAAAAGGAGAAAAUUCUCGUGUUUCGCUAAACAGCGGGCAAGCGGAGUGUCGUUGUACUUAAAAGGGAGAGAUUUUGCAGAACCUCACCAAAAAAUUCGGCAAUUUCACAGCAUUGGAUAAUUUGAGUUUGGCUAUUUCGUCAAAUGAAUGUUUCGGAUUAUUGGGAGUGAAUGGAUGUGGAAAAACAACGACUUUCGAUAUUUUGACGGGAUAUUCUUUUGCAACAAGUGGAGAAGCGAAAAUUGGCGGGAAAGAUGUGACUGACAGAAUUGUGAGUUAUCCUAUCUUUUCUGAAAUUUUCUGAAACUAAACAUAUAUUUUUCAUAUAGGGUAUUGGAUAUUGCCCGCAAUUUGAUUCGAUUCUUUUGGACUUAACUGGUCGAGAGAUUUUAGAAAUUCUUGGAAAAAUGCAUGGAUUUAGAAAUUAUCAACAAAAGGCUGAAAUUAUCCUUGAAAGCAUUGGAAUGCAAAAACAAUCAAAUAAAUUAUGCAGAUAUUAUAGUGGAGGACAAAAACGAAAGAUUUCAAUUGGAAUCGCACUUUUAUCAACAAAUUCAAUGAUAAUAUUAGAUGAACCAACUGCUGGAAUUGAUCCAAAAGCGAGAAGAGAAAUAUGGGAAUUAUUGAUUUGGUCGAGACAACAACAAAAUGAUGGAAAUAGUGCAAUUAUGUUAACAUCACAUUCAAUGGAUGAAUGUGAAGCAUUAUGUUCAAGAAUUGCUGUAUUGAAUCAGGGAAAAUUGAUUGCUAUUGGAAGUAGCCAAGAAUUAAAAUCAUUAUAUGGUAAUAAUUAUACAAUGACUCUAACUUUAAAUGAUUCACAAGAUCGGGAAAAUAUUGUGAAUUCGGUCAAAAAUCAGAUUCCUGGUGCAAUUCUACGAACUCCAGAAUCCAACAAAACAUUGAAUAUAGUUUGGCUUAUCCCGAAAAAUCUCGAAGACAAAUGGUCGGAUAAAUUUGAAAUGGUACAAAAUCUAGCAAGACAAUUGAAUGUGAGCUUAGGGAAAUCAAUCAAUUAAAAAAAAUUAAUUCAAAAUUAAUUCCAGGUCAAAGACUACAUUCUAGCACAAUCAUCAUUGGAAGAAACAUUCCUCAGAUUAGCCGGUGUCAAUCAAGAAAAUGUUUAA